UCUGCCCUCUGUGUGUGCAGUAAAAUGGCAGAAGGUGGAGUUCAUCUGGAUCAGGACAGAUUCAGCUGUUCAAUCUGUCUGGAUCUACUGAAGGAUCCAGUGACUAUUCCCUGUGGACACAGUUACUGUAUGGACUGUAUUAAGGGCUGCUGGGACCAGCAGGAUCAUGUUGGUGUCUACAGCUGUCCUCAGUGCAGACAGACCUUCAGCUCAAGACCUGUUCUGGGUAGAAACACCAUACUGGCUGAAGUGGUGGAGGAACUGAAGAAGACGGAACUCCAAGCUGCUCCUCCUGAACACUGUUUUGCUGGAAUUGGAGAUGUGGCGUGUGAUGUGUGUCCUGGGAGAAAGAACAAAGCCAUCAAGUCCUGUCUGGUGUGUCUCGCCUCUUAUUGUGAAACUCACCUCCAGCCUCACAAUGAAUCUCCAGCUUUUAAAAAACACAAACUGACUGAUGCGACUGGAAACCUUCAGGAAAAGGUCUGUUCCCAACAUGACAAACUGCUGGAGGUCUACUGUCGUACUGAUCAUCAGUGUAUCUGUUAUCUGUGUGUGAUGGACGAACACAGAGGACAUGAUACAGUCUCAGCUUCUGCAGAAAGGACCAACAAACAGAAGCAUCUAAAGGCAACACAGAGUGAAUUCCAGGAAGGGAUCCAGCAGAGAGAGAAGAAGGUGCAGGAGCUGAGACAGGCUGUGGACUCACUCACACGCUCCGCACAGGCAGCAGCGGAGGACACCGAGAGCAUCUUCACCCAGAUGAUCCGCUCCCUUGAGAAAAGGCGCUCCGAGCUCAAAGAUGUGAUCAGAGCUCAGGAGAAGGCUGCGCUGAGUCGGGCUGAAGGUCUCCUGGAGCGACUGGAGCAGGAGAUUGCUGAGUUGAAGAGGAGAGAUGCUGAGAUGGAGCAGCUUUCACACACAGAGGAUCACAUCCAUUUCCUACAGAGUUUCCAGUCUCUCUGUGUCCCUCCUGGACCUGUACACUUUGUACACUUACCCACCAUCCCUGUGGACCCACACUGCUCUUUUGGAGAUGUGAAGAAAGCUCUUUGUGAUCUCAAAGCCCAACUAGAGGAAGCCUGUAAGAACAAAUUCACAGAGAUCUCCCAAACAGUGAAAAAAGUUGUGGUGAUUCCAGAAACCAGGACCAGAGAAGAGUUUUUACACUAUGCCCAUCAGCUCACACUGGACACAAAUACAGUGAAUGAAAACCUCAGUCUGUCUGAGAGGAACACAGUGGUGACCAGUGAAGGACAAAUACAAUCAUAUCCUGAUCAUCCAGAGAGAUUUGAUUACUAUUACCAAGUUCUGUGUACAGAGGGUCUGUCUGGAUGCUGUUAUUGGGAAUUUCAGUGGAGUGGAGAUAAUGGGGUUUGUAUAGCAGUGUCAUAUAAAGGGACCAACAGGAAAGGAAAAGGUAUUGACUGUAUCUUUGGAUACAAUAACAAGUCCUGGAGUUUGUUCUGCUCUCCCUCCAGUUACAGUUUCUAUCACAAUAAUGUAGAGAUUCCAGUAUCUGGUCCCAUUUCCUCCACAAUAGGAGUUUACCUGGAUCACAGGGCAGGAACUCUGUCCUUCUACAGUGUCUCUAAGGACACAAUGACCCUCCUCCACAGAGUCCAGACCACAUUCACUGAACCCCUCUAUCCUGGGUUUUGGGUUUGGUCUUCAUCUAAAGUGAAACUGUGUUCUCUGAGAUGAGAGAGAAAAGAGGAGCUGAGCUCAAACUGAAGGAAGAAUCCUGUGUGUCUUCCUGUAUUGUUCUUUUCAGACAUUCUGCUUAUUCUUCUGCUCUCUGUCAGCAAUACUUCUUUAGACAUUAUUAUUAAAGUUAUCAGAGCUGUUUGAAAAUCAUGUCAUUAUUAUUCUCUCAGUACAAGUGACACAGUGGUGCAGCAGGUAGAGCUACUACCUUGUGCUUCCUGCGCUGUUGAGACGUCGGUUCUAAUUUAUCUCAGUCUGUGCUCAGUUUGCCCGUUCCCUCUGUGUCUGUGUGAGUUUCCUCUGGAUCCUCUGGUUUCCUCCCACAUCCCAAAGAUAUGUAGUUCAGAGGAACUGGCAACACUAAAUUGCCCACAGUGUGUGUAUGGGAGGCUACCCUGUGAUGUAAUGGUGUCCCAUCCAUGGCAACACCACCGCCUUCAGCCUUGCCCCCACUCCAUCCAGGAUAGGUCCGGGACCAACACCGACCCUGAUGAGGACAUGCAACUUGUGAAAAUGGAUAAAUCUUUCAGUACAGACACAGAGACACACACACUCACACACUACAGGAGUGUCCAAUUCACCUGCACUGCUUGGCUUUGGACAGUGGGAGGAAACCAUAGCACCCAGAGGGAACCCUACGGAAGAACA